CCUCGGGCAAGAGAAAUCCAUGGUUUGUUGCCCUUGCCAAUAACAAAAAUGUUGGAAAGUCGAAUGGCAAAGCUGUUGCCAUUGGCAUCUUUCACGUGAACCACGUCAAAAGAUCCAGGAUGCCUCUCUCUGUUGGUGAUCACACCAAUUCUUCCCAGGUAUAAUAUGUACAGCAAAGCGACCCUUGGUGUCAUAGAUCAGACGGAAAUUCUCUCCCGUCUUGUCAUUGCUGAUGACAUCCAUGAAUCCAGCAGGGUACUGGUAGUUAACUCUCAAGGAGAAAUUUCACGGUUGAGCAUCAAAAAGGAAGUGGUCAUGAAAGGAAAUAUCAACAAUUAUCUUAAAUUGGGUCAAGAAGGGAAGUAUCGCAUCUACCACAAUCAAUAUUCCCACCAAUUCAUUUGCUUUGAAUAAGCACCAGCACAGAGAAGAUCAUGAUAAGAGAAGGCAUCUUGCACAUAAACUCCGUCUGACUCCAGCAGGAGAGUUCAAAUGGAACGGUUCUGUCCAUGGGUCCAAAGUUCUUACCAUAUCUACUCUGAGACCGACUAUCACCCAAUUAGAAAACAACAUCCCUUCAUCCCUUCUUCAUCCCAAUUGGGCAUCACAUAGGACAAAUUGGAUCAAGGCAGUUCAGAUGUGUAGCAAACCCAGAGAAUUUGCAUUGGCUUUAGCCGUUUUGGAGUGUGCAGUUAAACCAGUUGUGAUGCUACCAAUAUGGCGAGAAUCUUUAGGACAUACCAGCUUUCUCCCUUUGUCUCAUAACCAUGUCCACCAACGAGAAUGCUAAUACACCAGCUGCCCGUCUUCACAGAUUCAAGAACAAGGGAAAAGACAGUACAGAAAUGAGGCGUCGCAGAAUAGAGGUCAGUGUGGAGCCGAGGAAAGCUAAGAAGGAUGACCAGAUGCUGAAGAGGAGAAACGUAAGCUCAUUUCCUGAUGAUGCUACUUCUCCGCUGCAGGAAAACCGCAACAACCAGGGCACUGUAAAUUGGUCUGUUGAUGACAUUGUCAAAGGCGUAAAUAGCAAUAAUGUGGAAAAUCAACUCCAAGCUACUCAAGCUGCCAGGAAACUACUUUCUAGAGGAAAACAGCCCUCCAUAGACAGCAUAAUCUGGGCUGGUUUGAUUCCAAAAUUUGUGUCCUUCUUGGGCAGAACUGACUGUAGUCCCAUUCAGUUUGAGUCUGCUUGGGCACUCACUAACAUUGCUUCUGGGACAUCAGAACAGACCAAGGCUGUGGUAGAUGGAGGUGCCAUCCCAGCAUUCAUCUCUCUGUUGGCAUCUCCCCAUGCUCACAUCAGUGAACAAGCCGUCUGGGCUCUAGGAAACAUUGCAGGUGACGGCUCAGUGUUCCGAGACUUGGUUAUUAAGUAUGGUGCAGUUGACCCACUGUUGGCUCUCCUUGCAGUUCCUGAUAUGUCAUCUUUAGCAUGUGGCUACUUACGUAAUCUUACCUGGACACUUUCAAAUCUUUGCCGCAACAAGAAUCCUGCACCCCCGAUAGAUGCUGUUGAGCAGAUUCUUCCUACCUUAGUUCGGCUCCUGCAUCAUGAUGACCCAGAAGUAUUAGCAGAUACCUGCUGGGCUAUUUCCUACCUUACUGACGGUCCGAAUGAACGAAUUGACAUGGUCGUGAAAACAGGAGUUGUGCCCCAACUUGUGAAGCUUCUAGGAGCUUCUGAAUUGCCAAUUGUGACUCCUGCCCUAAGAGCCAUAGGGAAUAUUGUCACUGGUACAGAUGAACAGACUCAGGUUGUAAUUGAUGCAGGAGCACUCGCUGUCUUUCCCAGCCUGCUCACCAAUCCCAAAACUAACAUUCAGAAGGAAGCUACAUGGACAAUGUCAAACAUCACAGCUGGCCGUCAGGACCAGAUACAGCAAGUUGUGAAUCAUGGAUUAGUCCCAUUCCUUGUCAGUGUUCUCUCUAAGGCAGAUUUUAAGACACAAAAGGAGGCUGUAUGGGCCGUGACCAACUAUACUAGUGGUGGAACAGUUGAGCAGAUUGUGUACCUCGUUCACUGUGGCAUAAUAGAACCGUUGAUGAACCUCUUAACUGCAAAAGAUACCAAGAUUAUUCUGGUUAUCCUGGAUGCCAUUUCAAAUAUCUUUCAGGCUGCUGAGAAACUAGGUGAAACUGAGAAACUUAGUAUAAUGAUUGAAGAAUGUGGCGGCUUAGACAAAAUUGAAGCUCUACAAAACCAUGAAAAUGAGUCUGUGUAUAAGGCUUCGUUAAGCUUAAUUGAGAAGUAUUUCUCUGUAGAGGAAGAGGAAGAUCAAAACGUUGUGCCGGAAACUACCUCUGAAGGCUACACUUUCCAAGUUCAGGAUGGGGCUCCUGGGACCUUUACCUUUUAGAUCACGUAGCUGAGGCAUACAUUUGUUGUGUACCAUGUUUGGUAUUUUGUCUUACUGUUUCUCUACUAAGAACUCUUUUUAAAUGUGGUUUGUUAUUGUAGCACUUUUUACACUGAAACUAUACUUGAACAGUUCCAACUGUACAUACUGUAUGAAGCUUGUCCUCUGACUAGGUUUCUUAUUUCUGUGUGGAAUUUCAUAUCUUGCAGCAUCCUGUAAAUAAACAUUAAAGUCCACCCUUUUCUUUACU